GUACUUUUCGAGACGAGUGGAUCUAGGGGCACCCCACUCAUACUCUACAUUGCACACUUUAUUCUUUUGUUGUGUCUUUGAUCGAUUUCGAACGCGAGCAUGGCGGCGCCGGGUUUGCCCGCCUCCCUGGACUUCCCCCGCAUCAAAAUCAUGACCCUGGGCGAUAGCGGGGUGGGGAAGAGCUGCCUGAUCAAGCGCUAUUGCGAGGGGCGUUUUAUCCCCAAAUACAUUCCUACCAUCGGGAUCGACUACGGGGUGAAGCUCGUGACGGUAAACCCCGUGAAGCUUGAGGAGGAGCGCGCGAAGGGCCCUAAAGGGGCCGCGGAGGGCUCAAAUUCAUCGGCCGCGUGGACCGCUCGCGCGCCGACAGCGGUGCGGGUGAACUUCUGGGACGUCGCCGGGGGGGCGGAGUCGCUGGAGAUCCGAAAUGAAUUCUACGCGCCGACCCAGGGGAUUUUGCUCAUCUACAACGUCGGAGAUUUAAAGAGCUUCGAGUCCUUGGAUAGGUGGGUGGAGGAGAUGAAUCGAUUUAUCAGCAUCCCGCUUGACUCGGGCGGGGCGGAAAGGCGGACCUCGGUGGAGGGUAUGAUGGCGACGGGGAAUACCCCUGCCGGGCGCGAGGUCGGGGCGGUUUCUGAUCAAUCGCCGGUGGUUUUUUUAUGCGGGAAUAAAGCGGACGGGGGGACGCAGCGGGCGGUGACGGAGGAGCAGGGCCGACGAUGGGCCGCAGCGCAUGGCGGGAUGGAGUUCUUCGAGACUAGCGCGAGCAGCGAUUUGAACGUCGCGACGAUGAUGGAGCGGCUCUUUCACCGCGUGAUCGCGCGUUUUAUGUCACCCAAAUAG